AAGGCAUAUCCAGUUUCGGAGUCGUAAAUUGCCCUACUUCUGCUGGGUCACUUCAAUUUUUUUUUAUCUAGUCAGAGUAUUUCAAUUUUCAGUCAAAAACUUAUUUUACAGCGCCGGAAAUUAUCAGUCAAGUGUGGGUACACCAAACAGAACUGAUAUUGAGCUAAAUUCGGUAACAGUUAAUAAAAUUAUAAAGAAACAUAUAGGACUAGUACAGGUGAACUGAAUUCCAAAGUUGAAUAUAAUACACAGCUAUAGGAACAUAAGAAACAUAAAAAUAAAAUAAAUCAAGGCAGAGAAGCAUACUUUUGGGCAACCAAACAGAGGAUUGUAAGAGCACCUGGUAGUUGUGGUCAUUGAGUGUAGAACUUUCUCGAUGAGCAGGACAAGUGAAAACUAGGGAUUUGCCUUAUUGACGGCGGCGACAUAUCCGACGAUUUAUGAUCAGGAGAAGCGCGCGCUUGCAACGCUGUGUUCGAAGAAACGACAGAGGGUACAGUCAUUAUGAGGACCGUUUUGUUACUAUAUUUCCUGAAAGUUACUGAUCAAUUAGUUACGACUAAUUAAACGACAUCAUUUUGGAAAACUAAACGACACGUCAUUUAAACCAAGGAGAAUUACCUCAGCUCCGAUUGUUCGUGGUCGUAUUUUCCUAAGCGCAAGACUGAACAUCGAGAACUCUACUACUUAAUUGGAUCCAAUUGGAAUUUAAGUUUAGAGAUCCAAAAUCAAAAGAAUGGAGUUUUUAGGGAUGGAUUUUAGGUGCGCAAUUGGAUCUCUGAGAGACGGUCAAUUCCCUGAAAAGGACUGUUUGCUUCCUCUAAUAUCGAAGCUCCUUGGCUAUUGCAUCGUUGCUGCCUCCACCACUGUCAAACUCCCCCAGAUAUUGAAAAUCUUGAAGCAUAGGAGUGUGGCGGGGCUUAGUCUUGUGGGAUUUGAGCUAGAAGUUGUAGGCUAUACAAUUGCUCUUGCUUAUUGUCUUCACAACGGCCUUCCCUUCUCUGCUUAUGGAGAAUUGGCCUUCCUUCUGAUCCAAGCUAUAAUUUUGGUUGCUAUCAUCUACUAUUUCUCACAGCCCAUCCCUGCAGUCACAUGGAUCAGACCUUUAAUAUAUUGUGCAGUGGCACCUACUGUUUUAGCUGGUCAAAUUGAUCCGGUGUUGUUUGAAGCUCUUUACGCAUCCCAGCAUGCAAUCUUUCUCUUUGCCAGAAUUCCUCAGAUAUUGAAAAAUUUCUCUAACAAGAGUACCGGGCAGCUCAGCUUCUUAACAUGUUUGAUGAAUUUUGCGGGUUCUAUGGUGAGAGUUUUUACCAGCAUGCAAGAAAAGGCACCAACAAGCGUUAUUAUGGGGUCUGCUAUCGGUGUCAUGGCGCAUGGUACCAUUCUCAGUCAAAUUCUAAUAUACCAAAAGCAAGAAGCUAAGAAAGAGAAGAAAGAAAAGUAAAAGUACACCAAGACAUUCAAAGCUGUUUCUUCAGCUAAAGGCUUAAUGAGGGCAGGUGUUUUAUAGGUCUUUUGCAUGCCUCAAAAUUAAGAAAAUAUGUCGUGAUCUUUCUGUAAGGUAGAGAUGCAAAACUAGGCAAUUCAGUUUUUUUAUUACUGAUGUAAGUGGACCAGUUUAUUCUGCCAAUGAACACAUAAACACGACACUGUAUAAGUAAAUUUGACAGCCUUGUACUAGUUUCCGUAAUGUUUGUUGCUUAAAUA